AUCUUGUACACCGAUAGUUUUUACCUUGGCAAAAAGCAGAAACAUAAAAGAGCAAAGAAGAAGCAGCAUAGUAAAAUUGAAGAGCUCAGUAUGACGGAACAGUGGAAGAGCUCACAGAUUCAAUUCUAAGAUUUGGAGAUGGGAACUUCAUUGUUUUUUCUGGCAAGAAAGGCAUGCGCGAUGAAAAGUUGGUGUCCGUCAGACCGGGAUAUUCGCCAAUACGUUACAUUGCGAGCGUUUCUAAACUAUGGAACCCUGAAAGAGUUGAGAAGUUACUGGAAGAAAAGGCCUUGAAAGAACACCACCUGCAACGAUACAAGAAGAUAAAGCUACCCAAAAUUGACAUUGUCCCUUCAAGUGACUAUGAUCCGCUGUUACGAGAUCGACCGAAACCUUACACGCAUACAUCGUUGCCAGAUUUAUUUCAUCCCAGGGAUCCAGCUCCUAGCCGAGUUGAUAAUGACGAAGAUCAAAUGGAAGACGCCUCGAGUGGGUAUGCAAAGAGCUUUAUAUCUGAUACUAGAAAUCUGGAGAGACGAAGACUUGUGCGGAAGAAGACCAUGCAGAUGAAUCGCCUGGAUAUCAAUAUGCCAAAGAAAGACACUGACAAUGAGAAGCAUCGCAAAAUUUUGGAAACAACCGAAGAGCAAAAUGAUGAUUAUGAUGAUGAUGAUGUGAGUGAUAGUAUUUCCGAUUGGGCAAAGCUUGUUGAGAAAUCGAGAAACGUAGUCGACAAAACAUUUGAUGAUCUUUUUGAAAAACGAAAAGAAGAGGAGGAUGCCUUACAGGGGGGUGUUUUUGGAGAGGUCUAUGAUGGUCGUGCAAAACACGGGGGUCAUGCUGACAAAAGAUCGCCGUCGGACGGUCUACGAGAUGAACAAUCGCUUAGUAGUGUAGACUAUGCUUCGUUAAAUCCACAGCAAAAAGCGGAACUGAUUUCGCAUUUACUAUUACAAGGAAUUGGGAAAGAGGCAUCGACAGUUGAGCAACUAAUGAGCGAUGACCAAGAAGAGAAGGGCACUGUGUCAACCGAAAAGAAGAUAGAUCUUUCAGAGCAAGUCUCGUUCCCAGCAAAGCAGAGACAUGGCUCGUUUUCGGAUUCAGGUAGCGUUAGAGGGUUCAGGGGCAAUGCUCUACACAGCAGCCUUCCAUCAACAAACUCAAAAGCAAGCUCCAAGCCUAAGAGUCUUAAAGAUAGUCUUGUGAUAUCAUCUUUGAAUAAGUUGCCCCCGAUCAAAUCUGAGCCUGUUACACCGAAUAUCAAUGGGAAAAAGGAGAGCGCAGGGGAUUUGCGCAGCUUUAAAUUGCCUGUGAUACCAAAGAGAGGAACAGGCUUGCUUAACGCGAGAAAGUCACAUAAGCUUGAGAACGAGAAGGAUGGAGAAAAUCUGUUUGUUGGUGGACGGGGAAUCGAGGUUAACGAUGUCAGAAUUGAUAUCAAGGAUGCUCAAAAUGACGACGAGGCUGACAGCGAGAAUGAUGAUGGCGAAGAUCUCAUCAAGGCCUUUAGAGAAAAAGCGACGGUAGAGGAAGAUCAAAGAAGACUUCAGGCUGAAAAUGAAGGGUCACCUCACCAGAUGGCCCCUCCAGCAUCAAUUGAAAGUUUCACCGGGAAACAAACUCCGGACAGUGGCCGAAGUAGUGGAACUGGCCUCACAGGGGUCAGUGACCUUAAUGCUGCACAGCCCGAGGAGAAACCUGCUAAAGAGCCUAUGACCCCUGUGGCAGAGGAAUCUUCAAGAUCAUCUAAGGCGAGUAAAACUGUAAGCAGGGCGAGCACUCUAAAUGGGACUAAGUCUAACGUAAGUGGAAGGCAAAGGAGUUUUGAAAGAGAAAGAAGCAAUCGCAUAAGUUCUUCAAUAUCUAAAGAAACUAGAGAUGAACGUGUUGAUAAAGAAUCAUCAGAUUUGGUUGGAAGUGACCAUCUUACUGAAGAAAGAGUUGCCCUGCCGGAGGAGGAUGAAAAAGAGAAUGAGGGGGAUGUGUCUGUUGUUGAUAAAGACGAAGAUGUUUUAAAUAACGUCGACGAAGAGACUCUAUCAAGGGCUCGAAGUUUUCAGAGUCAAGAUGUUGCAGAGAGCGCUUCUUCAUUGCACGAUGAAGGUGUUUACGUCGAAGAAGAACAGGCAGAUCUUCUCAUUGAGACAAAAGAUGCUGAAAACGACGAUGACCAAAAUGACGAACUGCCUCAUGAAGCCACGUUCACAGACACGAAGACUGUUUCUGACUCCAUCGAUAUUGUGAUAGAAGAAGAUAUGAAAUUUGAUGAUGCUAAAACAAUUACUGAAUCCUUAGCCUCGAGAAGCAGUUCAGGAUUUUUGCAAGUGCAAGCGAGAACGGCGGCUGAAGCUGCUCUUUCCAGGCCUCGAUCUGGCAUGGAUCUAAUCGAGGAUAUGAAAAUAGCAGCCAGUGAAUUUGGAAAGUUGUUCAGUGAUAAUAUUUUGCGGGAGGCGAGUAAGUCAUCGUUGUCACGUAGAAGAACGCGAUCUGACGCUCAGCAAAAGAUCCCCAGACUGAAAAACAAGAACAACAGAUCCCAGUCGAUUUCAGUUCUUUCUCAAAGGUCCAGCAAAAGAAUGGAACCUGUUGAUAUCGAUUCAUUGAAAGCCAACGUAACUGGUCUUGGUGCAAUGAUUGACAAAAAGAUUGUUGAUACUAACAGACCCUCACCCUCUUCAAAUAAAGAAGAUAAAGAUUUGGAAGAAAAAGAGCCUAGUCAAGGGAGCCGUGGGGUUAUUGAAGAAGAUCAUAAUUCGUUGGUAUCAUUUCCAGCCGUUUCCUCAAAAUCAGAUACGUCACCAAAAGAUAUUCAAAUGGACAUUAUCAGUUAUGUCGCACCAGAUCGAGAGGGGACUGGGACAGAUUUGGUCAUACAUAAGGACACUGAUGUUGUGGACGCGCCUGACGCUAAUGCAGUUGAGACACACCCAGACACUGACGAAGAAGAAUUCCAACAAGCAUUGCAAGCUAUUGUGGAGGAGGUUAAGGACUUAAAAGAAAAGAAACCUCAAAAGGGAGGGAAAAGAAUUCGGAAAUUGAAACCGAGUCCGGAAGAGAAAUAUAAUAUAGUUCGUGACAGAAUGUCCGCAUCUCCGCCGUUUCUUGCUGGGAAAGUCAAGGAUUCUAAAGCACCAAAAGGAUUAGGCCAGAUUGAGGAGACCAAAAAAAAAACGAAAGGGAAAGCAGCCAAGAAAUCGAAGGAAACAGUGAAAAAAUUAAAAGUUAAGAAAGAUAACCAGAGGAAGAAGAAGGUAACAUUCAGCGAAAAGGUCCAUGUGGGAGAAACCAAAGAACCCAAAACUGAAACAACAACAGAACAAGCAAAAGAGCCUGCUGCAAAAACAGAUGAUGAAGACAAAGAAGAAUAUUCUGCGGAGGAGACUGCGUAUGACAAAUAUGAUGUACCAAUCACCAUUAAACAGGCUAAGGUAAAAGAAGAUUCAGCUACUGAAGAAGAGAAGGAAGAAGCCCAAAAAGAAGAUGCCAGCGAAGCAGUACGUAGAAGCUCUCAGAGCUCGAAAGAAGAAAAGCAGGUGGAAGAUGCUGAAGCACCAGGCGUUUUACAAAAGUCGUUCACCUUCACCAGCUCGACUGGCAAUGAAUCUGAUGCCUCGUUAAUGGUUUCUGGGAACGAAGAGGGUGUCGGUACAGACAGGCACAUGGAUGCUCGAAUGCAGAAAAGGAAAAUGGAAGCAGAGAGGAGGAGAUUGAAGGUUGAGCAAAGAAGAAGAGAAAAAGAAGAAGCUAAAAGAAAAAUGCUAGAGCAAGCUGAAAGGGAAGAAAGGCUUAAGCAAGAAGCUGAGCAAGAGAUGAUACGAAGGAUGGAAGACUUUAAACAAAAGAAAAUGUCGGAGGAAGAAGAACAGAAGAGGAAGCAAGAGGAAGAAGCUAGGAAGCAACGCAGGCUUGAACGCGAGCGUGAAAGGGAGCGUAAGGAGAAGGAAGAGCUAAAAAGGAAGAUGGCCGCUAUGCAGGCUAAGCUGAAAUUGGAAGAAGAAAUGCGACGUGAGCAGGAGAGAAUCGCUAGGGAACACGAAGAAGAGUUGAGGCGCCAGGAAGAAGAGAAACUCAAAGAAAUGGAAGAACAUGAACGAAUAGAGUAUGAAAAGAGGAAACGCGAAGAAGAAGAAGAGCGUUUACGGUUGGAAGAAGAAAGGAAACAGAUAGAGAGAGAAAAACGACUUAGAGAAGAAGAGGAACAUAGAAUAAAGAUGCAGAAACUGGAAGAAUUCCAUAGAUUAUUGCUAGAGCGUGCGAAGUUCUGGGAAGGGAUGAAAAACAGCAAAUGGUUUUUAGAAUGGAAUCAACGACUUACCGAAGCUUUUACGUUCUCAUACUUUGAUCUGCUACCUGCGAUAAUGUUUCAGUUUACAUCACUUAGGCCUUUUACGCCCAGGGAAAACAAGAAACACGCUACGCUGCCUCCGAUUAAGGAAGAGAAGCAAGAACCUGGGUCAUAAUUGUUACAGAGAAUGAGAUAGAAUGGUAGCUUAUUGGAACUAGAGAGCAUCCUCCGUUGUCAACAAGAUGAAAGUUCCUCCGUAGUUAUUGGAAACAACCAGAUCAGAAAGCACUUACCAGAUCUGCUGUACUUAUAAAAGGAAUGGAUGCUUGCAGAGGUACUCAAGUUUGUUUGGAGAGCCAUUCAGAUCAUUUAACAAGUGUGGUUGCAUGUGGGGAUUUCCCUCACCGUAUGGUCAUUUUGUUGGGUCAUCCCCUUCUCUUCUCUCAUCUAGAUGGAGGUAUCGCUUGUCCGAUUUAGUUCUUGAUUAGAAAGAGAGACUCGAUGAAGUUCUUAAUUAUUUUGCCCUCUUCUGAUAUCUUGGUAUCUAAACAAUGAUUAGCUAUGCCUUUUUUCCUUGAUCAAAAUAUCUAAACCCCUGAAGAUUUAACAUUUCUUAUGUUACACAUAGAGUUUAUGUGAGAUUAUUUUUUAUCUCUAAACGUAGAGGGAGAUUUCUUCCUUGCACCUCAUAGAUCUCUAAGGCACGCAAAAUAUGAUUGCUCUGUUCAAACGUUUUGUCCUUUAAACCAAAGUUGACCAGAGUAGAUAAUAACAGAUACCUUUUCUUACAACGUGGUUGAAAUUUAAGUUACCAAAAACUGAAAGGUUACCUUUAUUCCGGAUCUUUUAAUACCUGGAUUUGCACGUUAAUGCAACGCUAUCCCCUGAAAAAUGCCGUUUAGAAAAAUGCAUCAACAUUUUACAAAAUCUGCUCUUCAAUUCUUUCUAACCCGCUAGACAUUAUCCCAAUCAAAUUGCCUUUUUGGCACUGAAAAAGGCAAAGUAAGUGAAUUUUUAGAAGAGGCAAGCUGAGGAGUCGGAAUCUCAUUUUAUGUCGGUUGUAGAGGCAUCGAUUGGAGUCAAAAUCGUAGAGGCAUCUUUUAUGUGUCAAUUAGAGCUUUAAAGCAUAUAUGAACAUUUAAGAACAUCAAAUGUACAUUAGUAUUAUCUACAAAAAGUAGAAUCUUUUUUGUCAAUAACACACAAGAAUUUAUGAAACCAAUCUCUGCUAGAAAAAGGUUUGGGAAAAUUUGAGAUGUCUAGCCCCUUCAUGUUUUGUAAGUGCCCCCAUCCUAGUUUAUCACAACAGUUAAAUUCCCACUUUAUGAUAGGCGUACCCCUUUGGGUCAAAACCUUUUAUAAGAACAUGCAUGUCAUUUUUAUACCAGAUUUAUCCAUUCACUAAUUACGUUUCUAUUCAGAUAACGAAUAUAAUUUUAUCGUCAAAGAUUCUUGAUUUGUGAUUAUUGAAUAGUUUAUAGUUAAUAAAAAGUAGAAAUGUUAGGGUGAUUAUCAUGAUUAAAUCAUGUCUUUAAUCAAAUGUUUAUAAGUAUUAUUAAUCAUUUUGAUGUAUAAUGAAUGUCAAAAA